UGCAGUCAGAGCUAACGCCGCCUAGAAGAGCGAGAACGGGCGAUUAGUUACUUGUGGAAGAAUGACUUCGACUUUCGCGAGCCGUUUAACAUCCAAGCGAAAACCGCACCCGCACAAUAUCCGAAGGCGUGGCAAAUGGAGGAUGUACCCCAGAGGCCACCUACGGAAGCAGAAUUGCACGAUGCGGAGGAGAGGUUCUGGUCUGGAAGGCAGACUGAUGAAAAUCCGCGGGGUUGGACCGAGGAGCAGCUGGUGGCGGCAGCUGAAGAGGAAGCUUCUUCCGCGGCCACAAAUGGUGCGAAAGAGGAAGACAAAGUACAUGAAAGAGAAGAAGCAACACUAGAAGAGGUGGACUUGGGCUUGGACAUCGGGAGCGAGGAAGGCGACUUCGACUCAGGCGUGGACGUAGGUAUCCCGGCCUCACCGCAGUCGCCCAACCGCAAAGCCAAGAGUGCAGAGGCCGAAAACGAGAAACUUAAGAAAAGGCUCGCAGACCUCGAAGACCUUCUCGCAGACGAGCGUGCCAACCGGCAACGAGCCGAGAAGGAAGCUCAAGAUCGCUACCGGGAAGCAAGAGCGCUGAAACGAGAACUGAAGAACCCCAAAGACACGUACCCAUAUAGUUUCUGGCCGGCAACGCCUUGGAAUCGCGACCCCGACCGCGAAGAGCUACCGCAACCGCCACAGCUUUGGAAGAAGAAUAACCCGCACCCGGUUAUCAAGGAACAUUACGCGCGUGAGGGCGUCCGCCAGUAUGAAGAGCGGGAGAAUGAAUGGAAGCGGAAGAGAAACGCAAAUAGAGUAGCUUGGAUGAGAUCACGACCACACAUGUGGCCGACGGACGACGAAAGUCGAUGGCAUGGUGUGAGAUUCCUGGGCCAAGGGUCCUAUGGCAGCGCGGGGCUAUGGGUGAGAGUAGAUGAUACGAAUACCAUUAUAGACGUAAGCCUCACUCGCACUUGCUAGCCUGGGAGGCGGCCAUGGAGUUAGGCAUUUGCUGACAGCGUUGUAGCGUAUGGUUGGCAAGGAGUGCCAGCCACAGGAAAAAGAUUGUAAGCCAACUCAAGUCUGGGAACGAAUACCGAACAUUUGCUAACCG